AUGCCGCAUCACGACGAAUUCUCCACCUUCGUCGCUACUACUGUAAACUUCACAUUCGAUUCGGCUACCGGUCCGGGUUCUUAUGGACAGUACGGGGUUCAAGGGCGAUUUGUAAAGAAAUGCACGGUCAACUUCAACGGGUACACCGUAUCAAUUGUUGCAUGCGUCACACCGAGAGGCGUGGAGAUUGCUCUCGGUAGUCACUGGACGGAAGAUGGAAAGUACUACUCCUGCAAAGACGAAGGUAAAGGACGCUUCACAUUGAGCUGGAAGGUAAUCCUGGAAAUUGAAGAAUCAGUUGGAAAAUAA